AUGUGGUGCUGCAGCGACCUUUGCUAUUUCACAUGUGGAUGUAAGUCUACGCCGAAGAAGAUAGACACCCCGGAAGGGUAUCCCGAGCCUCCAAAGAAAAUCCUGUGUCCUUACUGCGGAACUAUGGCCGAUUCCGAAUACAGAUACGACAAAUACGCCUUCCAUAUAUGCUACAUUUCAUGCAUUCCAUGCGGAAGCAGCAGUCCGUAUCUUGCCUGUAGCAGUUGCAGAAGAAAUCUAGGAAGCAUCGGAGAUUACAGAUGCCAUAAGUGCGAUGUGGCCACUACGUUUGACUCAAAUAACUGCCCCAACUGCGGGGAGGAGAAAGGCCAGUCGGGCGGUGGAUAUAGGAGGCUGAAUCUAAAGUGA